AUGCGGACCAUUGCGCCUGAACAUCCCUCACACGGCUCCAAGCCCCGUCCCCGCAUCAUCGUCGACGUCACUUCCGACUCGACGCGCGUGCGUAUUGACCAGUCCGAGGUCAAGCUGCUGCGUCCUCUGAAGACGCUGCUCGCCGACACAACUCUGGCGGCCAUGCCCCGCUCCGUCGCCGACGCCCUCCGCCGACGCCCCCCAUUCGGUUCGGCUACGAGCUCCUACAGUGCCGAGCAAGUGGACGCCGCUGACAAGGCUCCUCGCGAUGCCCGCCACGAGCAGCUCGCCGGCGUCUACAGCGACCUCUCGCCCAACGGCGACUACGACGGACGCUCUCGGUGGACCUGGUCCGCCGUCGAGAAGGCCAAGAGCCGAGGCAGCGACGUGCCACACUACAGCAUUGGCUACAAGGACGACAGCGACCAUGUGUAUAUCGUCUACUGUAUCACCCCUCGCUCAACCCUUGCCAGCUUGGUCGCGGACGUCGGUGUCCCGUCGGCGGAGACGCUCCUCCUCGACGUGAUCGAAUCAUUCUACAUCAUUACCAAGAGAAUGUUCGUCACGUCGAGGACAGAACAGGUCUUCACCGAGCGCGGUCUUGCCCUUGCCCCCCGCCGCGAAUCGAACCUGAACCGCUCCAUCAGCGUGUUCAGCUACUUCUACGACGGCGACAUGGACAAGGCAUACGGCAUCGGCGCGCGUAGCGGACCACGUCUGCUCUCGGAGGGCAAGGCUGGCUGUGAGCUGGAACCGCCAUCGGCUCCGACGAGCAACGUGGCUGCUGGCCACACUGGGGGAGAGGAGGAGCAUGCAUGA